CAACAGAUGGUGGCAGCAGUUCAUAAACGUCCCUUGGCCAGACAGAAAAAUGGCCCCCUUGAACCAGUUCAUCACCCUCCUCCUCCCGGACAGGACACUCUUCGUCAUGGCAACCUACCUGCACGGCUUCGACGACAAGAGCAGAAUGAUGAGGCGGUCUGUGGCCAGGUAUGUUCUGUUUGGGCUUAUCCUCAUCUGUCGGGCCGUCAGUGUUUCGGUCAUGAAAAGAUUCCCUACAAUCGAUCACAUAGUAGAAGCCGGUUUCAUCACAAAGGAAGAGGCGGAUCUCUACGAGAAGGUCCAGUGUCGGUACCUCAAGUUCUGGGUGCCCAUGAUGUGGGCGAACCAGGUUCUAGUCACAGCCAGAAGGGAGGGGAGGAUCCAGACGGACUUUGGUCUCAGGAUGGUCAUUGAGUAUCUAGCUGACUUCAGGGAUAAGUGCUCGUUAUGUUUCGUGUAUGAUUGGAUCACUGUGCCUCUUGUUUACACUCAGGUGGUGACGUUCGCUACCUACUCGUACUUUGCCGUGGCUCUGCUAGGCCAACAGUACCUGGACAUCAGCAAGAAGUACCCCGGGUACGAGGGGGAUUACUACAUACCCGGCUUCACCAUCCUGCAGUUUCUCUUCUACAUGGGCUGGCUUAAGGUAGCUGAGCAGAUGAUCAACCCAUUUGGAGAGGACGACGAUGAUUACGAUAUCAAUUGGUUAAUUGACAGACACACUUCUGUCGCCUUCUGUCUGACCGACCAGUGCUACGGCAAACAUCCAAACCUGAUCAAAGACCCGUUCUGGGAUGACCUGGUCGCAGAUGUACCUUACACCGAGUCGUCCCUGGGGUCAUUCCGACCUAACUUCCUGGGCACGACCUCAAACCUUGAGCGGCCAUCGCUGGAUGUUGAAAAGAUGGUGAUUGCAGAUCAUGAGGAUAUAACACAACACCAGUGGACUGGGAACAGGCCAAGAGGCAAAAGUUCGAUAACCGGGUCCUUGCUCUCCUUGCUUCACCCUCGCCAGUCAACACGUCAUCACCACGGGUCACAGGCCACACUCGAGUCAACCGGAAGUGGACACGGCAGACAGUACACAAUACCCAGUCGUAAGGUUUCCGGGUCAAGGUUCACGUCUGCUGAGAGAAGCGAUGAUGACGAGCUGAGACGGUCGUCGGUGGAACUGCCGGUAAAAGAUGAGAACAGCGAUGGCGGUGAUCAUACAUUUCAGCUGAGGCAAAGGGCAAACACAGACAGUGAGUUCCUGGAGAUUGAAAGUAAAAAUAGGAAGCUCAGUUUGCCUUUUCAUAUCAACCAUGUUUCAAAGCCAAAAUCAAAACUGCUGGAUUCUCCUCUAAGCCAGUCACCCAAAGUUUCCAGGUUUACAGUAGAACAUGUGAAGGACACAGAUUCUGAAUCUGAUUCAGCUCCCUCCAAAACUAGAAGACAGGGGCAAGUAAUUGCACCAUUUCAGAAUAUUGACAAGGUCUCCAGAAUUCCAGAGCUUUCAGCCAUUGAAGAAGGCAACACAAUAACCAGUUUAUGCCAGCUAAUGGGAGCUAACCCAAUGAAAAGGGGAAGUGACAGUAGUACAGGAUUUCAGCCAGCCAAUGGAGAAGUUCCUAACAAAAACAGUGAUGACUUAAACAACAAUGUUGGCAUAAAGCGUCAAAAGUCAAAGGAGCCUCAUCUUUUAGAUAUUGAUGAAGACUAUGCUACUGCAGCAUCGGAGCACAACUCACCUGUCUACCCUUACUUUGAUGCGGUUGACACGGUGGAGAAUGUUGAGGAGUGUCUUUUGGGGAGACGAAGAAACGCUUCACAUUCAAAUGGCCACAGAACUCAGCAUUGACAUUUGUUUCAAUUAAAUCCAACAUUUUUAGAAUAUUGUUGUAGCUUCCAUCCAGAAGUCAUUUAUAAAGUUAUUUUUUUUUUUAUUAUAGUCAAAUUCUCUAUUUUUUAAUCUUCUUCAUAGCUUCACUUUACAUGUUUUCUUAUUCCUUUUUUUCUUGAAAUUACUAUAAUAGAGAACGCAAACUCUUGUAAUUUAAUUUUUGAAAUGUUUUUCUUUUGUAAAAACUAUUUUAAGAACUUAUAAAAUGUUUUAGGAUUUAACAUUUGGUAACUUUUGCUGAUUCAAACUCUGUUGAGAUAAAAUCAAAACUUUGUGUGCCAAAAAGAUAAUUUAAUUUAUUUGAUAAAACAAAUAAAAUGCAACUAAACUAAAACAAGUUUUACACAAGUGUGUAAUUUCUUUACAGUUUUCAUUGGAUCAAAUUAUGAAACCUUCUCAGUUGUAUUAUUUUAAAAAUUCUUUCAUGCAUAUAUUUUGCACUAAAUCCUUUGAAAUAACUUAUCAGUUUUUUCAACCAUUACUCAUGUAACUGAAUUUGAUAUAAUGAUACUGUUCUUAUUUAUCAUUUUUCUGAUGUUGAUUUGGCCUGUGCCCCCACUUGUCUGUGUGGAUUAUGAUCUUUAGAUCCUGAUUGCUU